UGUGAACGUGGCUUGAGGAAUGUUUCGUAGCAUGGCGCGAGUUACGAUUGCGGCACCUCGCAGCGAUCAGGGUUAGGUCUCCCCGUGGUAGACGUCUUACCGCUAAUGUUCGGGCGAGAGUACGGACUCGCGCAGACAGACGUAGACUCGAAGCCCAGCUGGUCUCGGUCGCCAGCCGGUCAGGAGCGUGAAAGAAAAUCGUCGGCGACAUCAGCGUGACACCUCGCAUCGGCGUCCGUAGUGUCAGAGGAAGAUUAGGUUAAGCUAUGGCUAAGUACCUGAUACAGAUCAUCGUCAUGGGGACGCAGGUCGUCGGCAAGGCGUUCGCGCGCGCUUUGCGCCAGGAGAUCGCGGCGAGUCAGGAGGCGGCGCGACGAGCUGGCGGGGGGAGGCAGGGAGCGCAACACGCUGCCGCCAACACGAGAACCGGGAUAUCGUUGGACGAGGCCCUCCGGAUCCUCGACGCGGAGCGUCCCGAUCAGACGGAGCUGAUCGAGCGAAACUACAAGUACCUCAUGGAAGCUAAUGACAGGUCCAAGGGCGGUUCGUUCUACCUGCUGUCGAAGGUUGUACGCGCUAAGGAACGCAUAGACGAGGAAUUGAGGAAUCAGAGAGCAACGGCACCUCCACCUCCACCAACAGACCCGACGAGCAAUCAGGAAGCUUCUAGGCAGCCAUGAAACUCACCUCUAGUCUAAAUUUACUAAUUCUAGAAACUCUUGUACAUAAGAUAUAAUAAAUAGUGGAUUCUAAUCUCUUAAUUGAAGUGAUUUCAACAUGGCACAGUUAUCCUUUUUAUUUGGUACAUAUUUGUAACAUGUGAUAAAUUAUUUUAGAAGCGUCAACUUGAUUGAACACUUUAAACUUGUA